AUCAUGAAAUAACAUAACUGAUAUUUUCCAAUACGAGCAAAGAGAGAGGACAUAAAAACACAGAGUAAAAAGAAUAGAACACGUAGAGAAAUAUACUUGUACGAAAAAAAAAACGAAGGAAAAAAGCGGGUCUUCUCUCGAGAUCUAAGAUCGAUCAUGCGCGGGCAGCAGCGGUGAGUAAACGCGCGCAUGCGCGGAACCUUUGUGUGUAUCGCGGUUUCGUCGAUGGCCACCUCCGUCAAAAUUAAUUUCACGAUUUUUGCCGCUAUUUUUCACCGUCGCGACGGCGAUCGCGCGUUUGACAGAUCACGCGACGCCGAUUCCCGAACGAAUAUUGGAGCGUGAUUAUCGUUCCUUUAAGAGGCUCCGGUUUGUCGACCUAAUCGUGUAUGUAUCGCCGCAAGAAAAAUUCCUUCCGGAGAAAAAAAACCGUGCAUGUACUACUGUGUAUGAUACGGAGAAUUGCACAAGCAACGCCAACAACAUGCUGAAUAUGUAUUAAAAUUCCAAAUCAUGGCACGCUGAUUGUGAAUCGAUCGUAGCGAGUCGCUCGCUCUCCCUCUUUCUAUCUCUCCCUCUCUUUCUCCCCCUCGGAAACCUACAUUGAAUGUCGAUAUGGUGAAGAUGGCAUAUGCAUCAUUACCCAAACUUGUACCCAUAAACUCGUCCAACAUGUGUCCAAACAACAUGACGCAAAUCACUUUGUCCGAGAUGUUGCAAUCAGAUCCAGUGAAACGCCUUUUUAAUCAACCAAAUAUUAUUAUUAAGACGAUUCCUUUAAGUUCAGUGAGUUCCGAGCUUGAUAAGGAUAUAUUUGGUGAUAAGAAGAAUGGCAUGAAUGCAACAACAUUGAAACCAUCUGCGAUAUCAAUAGUUCCUGUGAUGAUACCGGAUGAAGAAAGAGACGAUGCUAAUCUUCUGCCUUCAAAAAUAGAGGACAAGAAAUCGGAAAUUGCUCUGUUGCCCAUUAAAAAAAAAUUAUGUGGCCACAAUGAACCGUGCGAGAAUAUUGUUUGUGAUGUAAUGGUACAACAAUAUGUAGAUAACGACAGAGUGUCACCUAUGUUAGCAGUGAACAUAGAAGAGGAAGAGAUUAAUGCACCAGUUGGAAAGCAUUGCAAAAACAGAUAUUGCGAUGCGUUGAGUAUCGAUCAUAAUCGUUGUCGUCAGGCAUCAAUAAAGUUAUACAGAUGCGAUAAAUGUCGCGUAUGCGAUAUUUGUGGAAUAACGCUGGAAGGAUGGAGAUCUCGGAUACAUCAUAGGAAUUGCGCAAGAAAGAACGAGUACAGGCACAAUAAUGUGGAUAGAGCGGACUUGUUAAAGGAGAGGAUGCGUGAACGUGAGCUGCAAAUUUUGGAAGUCACGAAAAUGAAGAGAAACGAUUACUCGGAUCCCGCAAAAGCGAUGGAAACUUUGCGCAAAAAUGAGGAGAUAAUAAUCAUUCCAAAAACAACGCCUAGUCAACAACCGAUUAUCACCAUAACUUCAGUACCCACCACUCAAUCAGUUGGCUCUAAUGUAUCUAAUGCUCAACCUAUUAAAAUUAAUUCCCAAGCAAAUAACUUUGCGAAUAUUUUUGGAAAUUUGCCCUUUACGAUUUCACCACAAAACACGUUACGUCCGAUCGAAAGCAAAGCGCAACCGAUAAAUCAAGUUGGGUUCCCCAAUCUGCAACAGAAAUCAUACGUCGUGACGCCUACUUCAACUCCCACUUCCAUUCCUGCUUCUGUUGCUACUUCUGUUUCUACUUCAGUUCCAUCUUCGCAGAAUCAAUACGUUCUCGCAACUUGUUCAUCUCAAACUACCGCUAUUCAGCCUUUGACGAUAAGCAAUUGGGUCGUAUCACCAUCGCACGUUAUAACGACUACGCCGAUUCAGGCUAAACCGUUUUUGACGCCAAUACGCGUGGUGCCCAUAACUAACUUGAUAACCGCUCCAUCAUUGUUACAUCGGACCCAAGGUAUCCCCAAAUUCUGUAUUAUGGCGGAAAAUGUGGUAACCACACCGGUAACUGUACCAAAUCCAUCACCUCUUCAGCCCGCUGCUGCAACCGUUACUAACGCUGUUACCACCGUUAACACUGUUACAACAGCUACUGCUGUUACUACUUCUAAUACUAUUACCACAACGCAACAAAAGGAUGCCUCGAAGGUUCCGAUACAGCAUUAUUCAAUACAAAAAUUGCACAAAGGGCAAAAGGUCUUAAAGAAGAAGAAAACUUUUUUCUGCGAUUAUUGCUCGAAACAUUUCAGCACCGAUUGGUAUUUUAAAAUGCACGUUGCAAAGCACAAGGGCGUGAAGCUCUUCUUCUGCAAUCUUUGUGACGAGUCUUUUAGUAAUAAAUACGAUAUGAAGAAGCACAUGACUAAACAACAUAAUGGUCAAAAGGAAAUAUUUACGCAGCGAUCAAAGGAAUUUGCUUGUGAUAAAUGUGACUAUGUUUGCAAAUCGUUUGCUUUCUUCAAAAAUCAUGUUAAAACGCACGCGACAUUAAAUUCUGAUAAAGCAGACGCCAAAUUGAAGAAAGAGAAAUUAAAACUCUCAGAAAAAAAAAUAAAUCACACAUCAGUAAAUGAUUCAAACAAAAGGGAUACGAAGGACAUAAAUUGCCAGGAUACAUCCGAUAAUCUAAACAAGGAUAAAGUAGUUUCUGUUAUUGAUACAACAACACAGGAUAACAUCAAGAGUUCAGUUUUUCAAACAGUAACAAUAAAAAAUGAGGACGACACAGACUCGAUGAAUAAUGAGAACACCAGUGCGAAGAUGAAUGGGUUUACAUUCGUUUCCAUAGAAGAAAGUCUCGAUCCCAAAAAUUACAAGCAAGAAUCUAUUAUCAUGUCGUGAUAAAAAAGCGUGCAAUAUAUUUUAUUUAUAAGAAAUACGAACGAGAUUAUAUUCUGCCAAGUUUAUUAUAAAAAGCUUGGAAGAAUGGAAAAGCGUAAGUAUCCUAUCAACAACCAAAAAGCGUUAAAUGUAAAUAUGAGUAUAAUGUCGAUAUGAGUUUUGUACAACGCGUGAGCAAGAUAUACUUAUAUUAAAAUUAAUUUAUAAUUAUUAUACUCUUUGCAAGAGUAUUGACUGUAUCCUUUGAGAUAGUUGUAUAAUUGAGAUAGAUGAGAUAAAUGAAAUAGUUGUAUAAUUUAAUGAUGUGGAACACCGUGAUAUGAAUCUCGUUCAAAACAAAGGAUUCUUGAUUUAUGCAGUUGCACUUUAAAUUAUCGUGCAAAUAAAAAUCGCGACGAUUAAAAACUGCCUAUAUUUUUUCCACGUGAAGAUAAAAACGUUUAUAUAAAGAGUAGUGUUUAGAAUUUUAUUUAUUUAUACAUAAUAAUUUAAGAUUAUGAUUUUAGCUAGAUUUUCAAUAUCUCGGUUGUUACGGCUAUCAGUUAUAUUUAUGCUAGUAAUUUUUUCCCUUACAUUCCUACAUUAAA